UGCUAGUUUAAGUUCUGCUACAAAAGGUCAAAUACAAUGCAAUGUAUUGAUUUGAUGAACAUGACAAAUUAGAUUCAAAAUGGUGGUCAUGUCUCCUUCCACCUCCACUCAGUUACAAUCAGCAGAAUGGUGUGUCCAUUUCUGCUGCAGCACAAAGAAGACCAACAAGAUCAAUCCAUCCAACCCAUCAAUUGACUUCAAACUGCGUCUUCGGAGACCAAAUCCACUCCAUAAACCUCAAAUUCUCUCUCAACCAAUAAAAAUAUCCACUACUACUAGGAAUUAUAGCAGGAGAAAGCAGAGUUCAUGCUCAGAUAUCACGAGGUUGAUGGAUAGCCUAAGCCUCCCUAUCCCACCGGACAUUUACUCUUCCCUUAUCAAAGAAUGCACCCUCUCAUGUGAUUCUGAUGAAGCUCUUCAGUUGCAUUCUCGCCUCAUUGGUCAGAGUGGCCUUGAACUCUCCUCACACUUGACGCACCGUCUCCUACUUAUGCUUGUAUCUUGUGGGCACUUGGAUACUGCCCGCAAUCUGUUUGAUCAAAUGACGACCAGUAAAGACUUGCUUUCUUGGGCUAUAAUCAUUAUUGGUUAUUUGAAUAACCAUCGUUAUGAAGAGGUAAUCGGCUUUUCCACUAAAAUGUUGCUUUAUUUCAAUGUUUAUACCAACAUUCUUGAAUUCCCUACAUGGGUUAUUGUUAUAGUUUGCAUCCUCAAGGCUUGUGUGUGCAGUCUGAAUAUGGUAUUGGGGAAGCAGGUUCACGGGUUGUUACUAAAAUUUGGUGUUACCAAUGAUUUCUCUGUGAAUGUUGCAUUGAUGGACUUGUAUGGGAAAUUUGGCUGUCUGGAAAGUGCUAACUUUAUCUGUAAUCAGCUUUGCCAUCACAACACUACCGUUUGGACAGUUAAAAUAGUGAACAAUUGUAGAGAAGGGCGUUUCCAUGAGGUAAUGAAGGAUUUCACGGAAAUGGGAAGUGCUGGAAUAAGGAGUAACAAUUUUACUUUAUCUAGUGUACUGAGGGCAUGUGCUAGGAUGGAUGAUGGUGGAAACUGUGGUCGACAAGUCCAUGCCGUUGCCAUCAAACUAGCAUUGGAAUCCAAUACUUUUGUGCAAUGUGGGUUGAUUGACAUGUAUGGCAAAUGUGGUAUGGUCAGGGAUGCAAAACAAGUGUUUGAGAUAAUCACUCAUAAAACAAACGUUGCUCAUUGGAAUGCUAUGCUUAUGGCUUAUGUUCGGAAUGGAUUGAUUAUUGAAGCAGUUAAGUUUCUAUAUCAUAUGGAAGCAGCUCAGGUACAUAUUAACGAAUCACUAAUCAAUCAUGUCAGGAUUGCUUGCAUCACUCCAACAUCUGGAAAGCAGAACUGAUGUGUUCUUGGGGUGACUUAAUUAUGAUUCUUCACCCUUCAUUUAGCUGCACCAAAAGUAUCAGAUAAAACAGAGAGAACACACACAGAAGACAGGAACAACACACACCCUCAAUGGUAGUACUAUCGUUUUUAGUAUACUUAUGGAUUCGGUUUGUCAAAUACUAAAAAGAAAAUAUUAUAUCAAUAUAAAAAUUUUAAGGAAUUAUUCUCUCUUUUUUAUUUUUAUGGCAAGGGAAGGAGUAGGAUAAGGCUUGCCAUUAAACGCCCUUAUGGAUAUGUGAUAUGAUGUGAAAAGCAGAACAUGGAAUAUCUUGAAUUUAGUGGAUUACUGUUAUCA